ACACGAAACACGACAACAGUACCAAAUUUACCAGUUGCCUUACCAGAAUUUUACUUUUACAAGCAAAAACAGCGGUUUUCUUGAAAUUAAAUCCGUAAUACGAGGUCAAUCAACAACAAAUUUUUUUCCCCUGUUCAAAGCAUUACCUAUUUAUUGCUCGACAAAUUGGGGAUUGAAUUUAUGACUUUUUUCUCUGUAAUCCAAAUUACGUUCAAUUCUUCACAAGUACAAAUUUCGAAGCCUUUGAAUACCCUUUUUCAAAUAAUAACAUAUUUGUAUAAACUCAGCACCAUACCCAGAAACAAAUACUAUUAAUCUUCUUCGGGGAGCUUAUAUCUGAUUUUAAGCUGUUAGAUGUAUGUCAAUUUGAUCGCUAAGCACUAAGAUUUUCUCAGAAUUUCCUUGAUUGUAAAAAAAGUCCGGGCGAUCAUGUAAUUAUUUUGAAUGAUUUGGUGCAUACAGAUAUCUUCCAUUCAAGAAGUGAAAUAACUGAGAAUUUUGCUUCCUUGGUAUCAUUUGGUGGAAUGAGUUUCAGGUGAUGGUUUGAGAUACAGUGAUAGAAUCCCGUUGAUUGGAUAUUGAAAUAUCAUCUUUGUAGAUCAGUUGAAUUUUUAUUUUUUAUUUUUUGCUUCAAAGUUUUUGGAUUGUAAUACUUUGUACAUAAAUUAAAUGAAUGUCGUGGGUAAAGUUAGCACUUUUAUCACACAAGGAAUGUACUCUGUCGCCACACCAUUUCAUCCAUUUGGUGGGGCAGUUGACAUAAUAGUCGUCCAGCAGCAAGAUGGAACCUUCCGGAGCACGCCUUGGUAUGUACGAUUUGGUAAAUUUCAGGGUGUUCUUAAAGGUGCGGAGAAAGUUGUCCGGAUAGAAGUUAAUGGAAUUGAUGCUAAUUUUCAUAUGUGUCUUGAUAAUUCUGGUGAAGCAUAUUUUGUUAGGGAAGUUAUUUCUGACAAGGACGACAAUGCAAACAGUGUUUUGAAGGAUUCUGAUAAUUGUGAAGGUACCAAUAUUGAUAAUAAGUCAGAGGAUAAUAGUUUUCACAUACAAGAGACUAAUGAUUUUGAUAAUGGCGAGGUAGAGGUGCGAGAUGAACGCAUUACUCUUGGUAUGGACCGAUUGGAGAAGAAUGAGUCUGACAGUGAGCGGGUAUUCUACGAGUUUCAAGAUGAACAAACUUCUCUAGAGGGUUCAAUUGAGUUAUCAGAAUAUGAUUCCAAAAGAUACAAUUUAGAUAGUGUGGAGCAUGUGAUAGAAUCACACACUUCGAAUUCAGAAGUAGUUCUGGUGAGUGUGGAUGGGCACAUACUGAAGGCACCCAUCUCAUCCUUGGAGAGAAAUGCUGAGAACUUGCAACUAAGCACGCCCCAGUUUCACCUAGGUCCAGGUGAAGGGACUGAAGAGUACCAUACAAAUGAAGUUACAUGGACAGCUGAUUAUUUGAGUGAUUUGGACACCUCUACACGUAAAGUUACUUCUGACAAUGCACGUGAGGCGGACAAUGGCAGUCAAGCUUCUAAAGACACAAUGGAUACAUGUGAAGGAGGUGAAGAGAAUCUCUCUCCUGUUUUAGAGAGCCAGAGCACAGCUAACCAGAGAAGAGACUUUUACAUGGGAAUUAGUUCAGAGACCACAUCUAAUAGUUUUAAGAGGGCUGAGGUAUUCAAAAGUUGUUUGGAGCUCCAAGAAUUGGCGGUAAAGUCUAUGAAUGCCAUUCAACAAGACACAUGUUCCUCAAUGCAGAUUCAUGAGUUUGCUGAAGAUCUAAAUGAGAAGUCUCCUCUAAGUCCUUUGACAAAUGAUGAAACUGAAGAGGGAAAUCUUGGAAAAUCAACAAAUCAAAAUGGAUUACCUCCCUCAGAUUCUGAAUAUCCCAGCACUAUUUCUUUGACGGAUUUGCAAGUUCAAGGUGAAAUCCAUGAAAAGAAUACACUCGAUAGAGAUCAAAGUGGUACUGAUAGCAAGCCCGUACCAUUAGUUAGCACUGAACAGAAGCCAGAGAAUCUGAUGUAUGCUAAUUUAGUAGCUGAAGGAAUGCUGAGUGACCCGCGGGCACCUGCUUCUGAAGAUGAAUUCAGUAAAAGCGAACAUCUGGACCCUCAUUCUAGAGAUUCAAGUGGAGACAUGAAAGCAGACUUCAACACAGGAAUAGAGUUAUCUCUUUGUGGAAACUUGCUUUGUGCUGGCAUGGAUUUGAGUGCAGCAGCAGAAGCCUUCGAAAGAAGCUGCAUAUCAGCGGAGGAAUUUAAAGUUUCUGCCUCAUCGAUUGUUAAAAAUGAAAACUUAAUAGUUAGAAUGCAAGGGAAGUACUUAACAUGGGAUAAAGCUGCUCCUAUCAUUCUUGGAUUAGCAGCUUAUGGUUUGGAUUUACCUGUUGAGCCAGACAACGCAAUUCCAGUGGAACAGGAAACAACAGAAGCGAAGGAAGUUGAAUCUGGAUUGACUUCGACUCCUUCUGGACGCAAAUGGAGGCUCUGGCCAAUUCCAUUUCGGAGGGUUAAGAAACUUGAACAUAUCAGUAGUAACUCAUCACAUGAGGAGGUCUUUGUGGAUUCUGAAUCUGUCUCAGAGAGCCAACAUGACGAACCAACUCCAGCACUAGCUAGCGAGUCUCCUCGGAAGCAAGUUAUAAGAACAAAUGUUCCCACCACCGAUCAGAUAGCUUAUUUAAAUCUCAAAGAGGGACAGAAUAUGGUGAAUUUCAUCUUCUCCACACGGGUCCUUGGAACUCAGAAGGUUGAAGCUCAUAUAUACUUGUGGAAGUGGAAUACACGAAUUGUAAUUUCUGAUGUAGAUGGGACAAUAACCAAAUCUGAUGUUCUUGGUCAGUUUAUGCCUCUGGUUGGGAAGGACUGGACACAUUCUGGAAUAGCUCGUCUUUUUUCUGCAAUUAAGGAGAAUGGGUAUCAGUUGUUAUUUCUGAGUGCACGAGCAAUUGUUCAAGCGUACUUGACUAAGAGUUUUCUAUUCAAUCUGAAGCAGGAUGGAAAAAGCUUACCAAAUGGACCUGUUGUGAUUUCACCUGAUGGCCUAUUUCCCUCAUUGUACCGAGAAGUCGUAAGAAGAGCUCCUCAUGAGUUCAAGAUUGCCUGUUUAGAGGAUAUCAAAGCACUUUUUCCUGCCGACUAUAAUCCAUUCUAUGCUGGUUUCGGAAACAGAGACACUGAUGAACUCAGUUAUCGGAGAAUAGGGAUCCCAGAAGGCAAAAUCUUUAUCAUUAAUCCCAAGGGAGAGGUGGCCAUUAAUCACCGUAUUGACGUGAAGUCAUACACUUCAUUGCAUACUCUGGUACACGACAUGUUCCCACCAACAUCACUGGUCGAGCAGGAAGAUUAUAACUCAUGGAAUUACUGGAAAAUGCCCCUGAUGGAUAUUGAAAACCAGUAGAAGUUUUCUUUACUGGUGAACAAUGUUCGACAGAUAUAUACUCUUAAUUCUGGUAAUUAUUCCCAAUUUUGCUGUAAAACUAGGUUAGAGCAUGCUCAUUUAAAUGUAAAAAAAAACUCAUUUUUGUAAUGUGGCUCAUAAGCUCCUCAUGUAUGGAUAAUUCUUGUUAGUUUUCCCUCGUUUAAAUCUGCACGUUUUCACCUGUCUUUCUUUGUCCUUUUCUUCCUGGGAUGAAUUCUGUCUAGGAUAAUGCACGAGAUUGUAUCGCUAUUACGAAUAAAUCUAAUAAUUCAGUCAGUACUUCUUUUUAUCGUGUUAUUGAGAUUGUAAUUCUAUUAUGAAUAAAUCUCUUUGAUUUAAUCAAAAUGUGUCUCAAUUAAUUUA